UUUUACACCUCUACGUCGUCUCGUCUUGAAAUUUACAAUAUCCGGGUACUUUCAAUAUGGUGGCCACUGGUAAAACGUGGAUAAGCUAAACAGAAGAGCACGCUUUCAACUACAAUCAUGUCGGACCAAGAUGGCGACCAAGAAAUGGUAGACUUGGACCAGUACAAGAAAGAGUACGAGAACAACAAAGAGUGGGAAAUGCGGCGGCGGUUCCUGGAAUGUCACUGGGGAAAGUAUCCCCUUGAGAGGCUGCUGUGUCUGUCUCAGUGCUUCAUCAAUAUAGAAUGUAUGGGCUGCCGCUACCCGGCUCAAGUUCAGGCGGAGGUAAAAGCUCUGUCCGAGGCCAUGCAGACGGAGCUGUCAGAGCACAGGGCACAAAGACAGGAGCUCACUGGGGUGAAGUUUGUCAAGUCCACUCUACCUGGUGACCAGCCAGUGACCGAGGGUCAGCAGAGUCACACCUCCAGUUUAGGGGGCCCCAGUGUAGACCAUAAGCAAGAGGAGCUUGACAUUCCAUCAGGAUCAAGAAAAGCCAAACAGACUCCUUUACCAUGUGUAACACAGGGUGCUUCAGAAACGGAUCAAAAAUUUGUAGAACUGUCAAAUUUUGUGAAAGAGUUCAUGAAAUUAAAGAAAAAUGCCAUUGAGACUCUGCACAUGGCUAUGGACAAGACGAGAAUGACUUCUUCUUGCAACUUCACAUGUGACGCCACUCAUGGGUUUCAAUGUGAAGUGCUGAUAGAUUUUGUGUCAGUUGCUAAAGGUGUUGCCUCUUCAAAGAAAGCAGCCAAGCAUGAUGCAUUUGAAAAUGCUCUGAAGGCACUGAACUGUAGAUAUUUACAUGUAGAUAGACUAAACCCCGAAAGACAAGAGUUGAAAACAUCUGACCGGCCAUUCCACCAAAAACAGUCAAAUUCAGGAAUGGUGAAACUAGGUCAGUCGCCAGGUGUCGCCGCCAUGGGUAUGAGGUCCAGGAAAAGAUCAGCUAGUCAGUUUUCCAACCCCGAGCUAGAGUUUUUUAUUCUCGAACCAAAAGAUAAGUCCAAUUCAGUCAACCCUGUGAUGAUUUUAAGACAGAGUGCUGACUUCAGCAAAGUCCCGUUGGAAUAUAACUUCCAGGAGGACCCUGCUGGAAGAGUGCGUUGUCGGUUAUUUCUUGGUGGCGAGCUGAUGGCUGACUGCAUGGACAUCAGCAAGAACAAAGUCAAGCUGCAAGCUGCCCAGAAAACCUUGGACAGUUUAAAGGAAGACUACUGGACCAUCCUGGUCAAGCAGAACGAGGAUUGUGAUGACCCUGGAUUGACCAAAGAGGAACUCUUGGGUGACCAGGCCAUGGCAAGUGAUAAGAUCCAAGAGGACAAUAUUGGUAACCAGUUGUUAAGGAAGAUGGGGUGGACGGGUGGGGGUGUGGGGAGAGGGGGGCAGGGGAGGGCCGAUCCGGUCACACUGAGCACAGUGAUCAACAGGGAGGGGCUGGGAAUGGCGGCAGACAAGGGGAUUACCAAGGAUUUCUGCACCAAAGUCCGUGAAAUCAUCAAUAAGUAUGUGAAAUCAGACAAUCAGAAUGACCUGGUGUUCAGUCCAGAAUUCACCAAGGAGGAGAGAGCCAUCAUUCACAAAGAGUCUCAAAAGCUAGGACUGAAAAGUCACUCCCAUGGCCAAGGGGAAGUGCGCUACCUUAUUCUAAGUCGGAAAAGGAGCGCCAAGCAGCUUUUUACACAUAUUUUUCAAAGUGGGGGUGUUACUAGCAAGUACGAAUUGGUGCCACCUAUCAAAAAGCCUGGAGAACAAAAAUAAACGGAAUAUUUUUUACAGAGAUUUAUGUUCGUUUUGGCUAACUCUGAUGACUAUGUAUUGUGGGAUAUUAAACUUCAUAGACGCUGGCAGGAAGUCUGAAGUAAACGGAGGAUGAAAACGAAGUUGGUUUGAAUUGAAGUUUUUGGUCAUCUGUCAUUAAACUUUGAAAUGCAAAGUUAAUUUUAUUUUAUUUUUAUUUAUAAUUUUUUGGGGGGCUACUCAUGGUGGCCUUCAGUUGUGGCAUGUGUAGCACUCCAAAUAUCAAAGAUGCAUCGUUUUGUAGCCUUUAAUUUGCAGUUUAUAUGUUUGGCAAGGUGCUUCAUUUUAGUUCAGGUAACAUUUGUCAUUUACCUAUAGAGUGGAAACGGCUAGUCAAUUAAUGUUAACAUUUUCUUAUAUUCCUUAUGCCUUUUUUUUUCAAAACAGAAUUUUAAGAAAAUGUAAAAAACAAUAAUUGUUUUUAGUCCUGAUAAAUAUGGUACAACUGGGGAAUCAUUUUAAUAAAUUGUAUAUGACUAUUGUAAAGAUAUGGUAUGGCAGUAAGGCCCAUGCGUUAUUUAUUUCGUUUUGGGGGGACAAAUUUGGUGAAGACAAUUCCGCAUGAUUAUUCAGACCUUCUGAUAAUUAUUUUAUGAUAAUUAUGAUUAUCGAUAGCUACAUUACCGCGAGGAAUCGGGACACAGGGAUUCUGUAUUUUUGGUUUUAUCCCAGCUGAAGUAAUACUCAGUAAAUCACUUAGGCGGUAGAUGUGUCGCCGUUCUUUCUUUUCAAAAUCAUAUGUCACACUGAGCUACUGUCACUACUGGUACAGUAGCUUCAUUUUGUACAACUUAAUUACUCCUCUCUUCUUACCGCUGUUUUUCGUAUAUCAAUUUAUAAAGCAGUCCCUUCUUAUAAGAUUGACAGUAGACAGUAAUGAAGAUGUGGCUGAUCCGCAGUAAAUGGUCGUUCAUCAUUAAGCACAUUAAAACCAGCGGGAAGUCCGUCCGUUGAAUUAGGAGAGAACCGCAUGCAAUCUCGUGAUUGUUCAAACUAUUUAUAACGGCCAUAGCUAAACCUUAUUUGUCAGUCAAAUUGUCAAUCGGUGGAAUAAAAGGUCACGCAGCUGUGACGCAACCAGCUUUAGAGACCAUCCCUAGACCCUAUCGUACUAACUGUGGAUCGAUCUAUCUCCAAGGAGAUUCUCG